AGCUGCUAGGCAGGACUGUCUUGAAAGCAGAGAGACAGUGAGAGAGACCAUUUGGUGCCUGAAUGUGAGCGAGUGAGCGAGCGAGGGAGAGAGAGACGCACACACUCAGCGUGAGCUUGUGGUUUAAGCAGACACUAGCCGUGCAUUUAGGGAAACCCACAGUCUCAGCUCCCUGGGAUAAAGGAGUGUUGUUUCUGGCCCUGCUCUUUUCCCUCUUUUUAUUCUGUUUUGUUUUAUUCCCUCCAUCCUUUCUCUUCUUCCUUUUGCCUGCGGAAAGAGCUGGACCUCUGUUACCUCCCUGAAACACGCCGAGCCGGUAGCGGGGGCUGAUGCUGUGAUACUGCAGGAGAAACAUAAAGGCUCUCAUUUGAUGCAGUGAAGUGCUCCGUGUGGAAAAUCGCAAGCAAAGGUUUGCCAGCCAUGGGGAACCUCAUUAAGGUCCUUGGCAAGGAUUUAGAGAACUGUCCUCAUUUUUUCCUGGAUUUUGAAAAUGCUCAGCCCACAGAGGCAGAGACAGCCGUGUGGAACCAGGUUAGUGCCGUGCUGGAAGAGGCCCAUGGGAUACUGGCAGAGUUACAGUCUUACAAUGGAGCAGGACAAGAAAUAAGAGAGGCGAUCCAGAACCCCAAUGACCUCCAGCUGCAGGAGAAAGCCUGGAAUGCAGUCUGCCCCCUAGUGGCCAAGCUCAAGAGAUUCUACGAAUUUUCUCUCAGGCUAGAGAACGCCCUGCGCAGUCUUUUGGAGGCCCUCACUAGCCCACCUUACGCUCCCAUGCAGCAUCUGGAGAGAGAGCAGGCCCUCGCCAAACAGUUUGCAGAGAUCCUACACUUCACUCUCAGCUUUGAUGAGCUCAAGAUGACAAAUCCAGCCAUACAGAAUGACUUUAGUUACUAUAGGAGGACCAUCAGUAGGAAUCGGCUGAACAACCAGCAGUUAGAAGCUGAGAAUGAAGUGAAUAAUGAAAUGGCCAAUCGGAUGUCGCUCUUCUACGCCGAAGCCACACCCAUGCUCAAAACUCUGAGCAAUGCCACGACUAAGUUUGUGUCGGAGAACAAGACUUUGCCAAUUGAAGACACCACAGAUUGCCUGAGCACUAUGGCCUGCGUGUGCCGUGUCAUGUUGGAGACUCCGGAGUACCGGUGUCGUUUUACUAACACAGACACCAUGCUGUUCUGCAUGCGUGUGAUGGUGGGCGUCAUCAUCCUUUAUGACCAUGUUCAUCCAGUGGGUGCCUUUGCCAAGACCUCCAAGAUUGAUAUGAAGGGCUGCAUCAAGGUGUUGAAAGAGCAGCCUUCGAACAGCGUGGAGGGACUGUUGAAUGCACUGAGGUAUACAACAAGACAUUUAAAUGAUGACAGCACCUCUAAACAAAUCAGGGCCCUGCUUCAAUGAGAGCGAGAAAGAGACUGACUGUCAGAGAACAAACGACGGUGGCUGGCGAACCUCUGAAGCCUGUUUGUUUACAAGAGCAAAAUGCAACUUGAUCUCAAAUUAAAUAAGAUAUUCUAGAAAAGAGAAAGGAAUAUGAAAAUAAAUAAAUAUAUAUAUAUAUAUAGAUUGUUGAUGGUUCAUCAUCGUGUGUCAUUUUAUAAAAGCAGGGAAAAUAAAUAUAUAUAUAUAUAUAUAUGUGUAUAUUAAAAUUCAAAAAGCAAACAAAACUACCCGAUACAAAUAUAAAGGUCUUACAAAAACAUAUUAAACUUUUAGGAACUGAAUUAAAACGUGAUAGCUAAAACCACCAACAAAAUGGUUAAUAUUCCAAGUUAUGUCUGAGAGUAUUUUUGCACACUUGAAAAGGAAUCCCACUUCACAGGAAACACUUUAACGUGGCUUGAAACUGUGUAUAGUUCAGAUCCAUUUUCAUGCAUUUAGACUCGAUUUGAUUUGUAACGCCUUUGCCUCAUAAUCCUCAAUAUGCUCCACCCAGUGCAUUCUGGGAAUCGUGGGUUUCCUGAUAAAACUGCAGUCCAUGGCAUUUCCUCUUUGGCACAAAGUCUGUUACAGAAUAAAUGUAAAGAUCACAUACUUGAGACACAUCUCAAAUGCGUUCUAUAAGCAUCCAGCUGUAUAUAUUCGGAAAGCACAGGAUAGUUUUGUAAAGAAAUGAAGCGUUUAGUGAAACGUCUUCACUAGUGCUGUACAGCAAUACUCUACCGAGGCGACAACUGCAAACACGAUCAUUUGAAAUGCCUUCAUACCAAUGUAAGAGAUGUCGGAUAACGCUAACAACUCGUCUGUGGAGGUUAAAGGCCAGUUGUAGAUAUCAUGAGACGAACAAUGCUUUAAAUAGCUUUUUUUUUUUGCUCUUGUAAAGUUUGGAUGCUAAACGGAGUGAGUAAGCCAUGAAACUGUAAUUCAGACGCAAACA